AUGAAGCCAGCAGAGAUCAGAUCCUCUCUACAGAGACCUCUACAGCACAGAGAUCCACACAUGGCUCCUACAAUCACUGCAGCAAGGACCAGUUCUCAAGAGCACCUGCCUCUGACCCACAAGCUCAGGAAGCCUCUGGUGGAGAAGUUACGCAGAGAGAGAAUCAACAGCAGCAUUGAGCAGCUCAAGUCUCUCCUGGAUCCAGAGUUCCUCAAACAGCAGCCAGACUCCAAGCUGGAGAAAGCAGACAUCCUGGAGAUGACCGUUUGUGUCCUGAGACGACUGCAGCAGCAGAAUCAUCAAGCUGUGGACUCAGCAGCUGUUGGACAGGGCUACUCCAGAUGUGUCCAAGAGGUGACCCACUUCCUGUGUGAGGAGCAGGUGAAGACACAGUCCCAGAGAAGACUGCUGAACCACUUCAACAAGCUGCAGUCUUCCUGUGAGAAGAACCUGAGAGACGCUGACUUCUCUCCUCUGAGCUCCUCAGUCCAGACCAGCAUCAGCAAAGACAAGAGUCCAGUGAGCAGCGCCCCCUGGAGGCCGUGGUAGACUCCUGAGGACUUGUUCAAAGGCUGAGCUCUGAAGUGAGAGGAACAUCUGUGCUGUCGUACUUUAAACCUCCUCCUAGGAAGAGUUGUUGCACAUGUUACUGUUCACCUUUCGUAAAGGUCACAUUCUGAUGGUCUGUGAUAUUUGCAGGUUCGCUACUACUUUGUAUGUCAAAGAUUUAGUCACUUAUUCCAGCUGUUACUCUGUGAAGUGAAGCUCAUCGUUCCCCAUGGGAAUGCCUCAUUGUUGACACUGAAAGCGAUGUACGUACUUUUUGCCUCAUUUAGGAGACACUCUUAAUCAUGUUGAACAUGUCUGAGAUUUACAUGUGAUGUUCACAUAUUCUGUUUAUUGAAAUGUCAUAUCUGAUGUGUCUUUAAACAUAUGUCUGCCUUUCUCGCGGACGCACCUUGCAUUUUUGUUAAGACAAAUGUGUCGCUUUAUGACUCUGUGAGUGACGGCGCUCAUACCUUCAACGAAGGGCUUUUUGUUUGGAAGAUGUAAGAACGUGAAUGUAUCUCUUUAAACCAAGUGAUGCGCAAUAAAACAAUCACUAAAACAAU